CAGCGGGGUGAGGCAGGGCCCCCGCGCGGGUUCGGGGCUGGGUCGGAAAAGCUGCCUCACGGGGCGCGCCCGCCAGCCCCUCCACUCCCUCCCUCCCUCCCUCGCUCCCAACGCUCCCCGCCCGGGCCUCCCUUCCAGUCUGCGCUCCCCACGGCCUCGCCAUGUCCCAACCGGGCCAGAAGCCCGCCGCCUCCCCGCGGCCCCGGCGCGCUGCGGCGGCCCGCCACACUCAGGAGCAUGCCGAUGGAAAAACCAGUGGAUCGCCUUCAAAGUCAGGAGAAAAGAGAGGAUCAGAUGAGAAAAAAGCGCCAAAGCUCAGGAGCAGUCAACCCUCCAGAACUCAGGCUGGUGGAACAGCUCCGGUCACCAAGGUGACAACUUCCUCUGCUUCAACCAGGAAGUCUUCCAGUAUGAAUCCCACAGAAACCAAGGUUGUAAAAACAGAACCUGAGAAGAAGUCACAGUCAACUAAGCCAUCUGUGGUUCAUGAGAAAAAAACCCAAGAAGUAAAGCCAAAGGAACACACAGAGCCAAAAAGCGUACCCAAGCACUCACCAGAUACGGGAAGCAAGCAUACUCAUAAUGAAAAAGCAGUUUCCAGAUCAAGUGAGCAGCCAACAUCAGAGAAAUCAACAAUACCAAAGACUAAGUCACAGGACACAAUUUCCAGCGGUGGAAAGAGUGCUGUUACUGGCAUAGCUGCAGCAUCUGGCAAACCAGUUGACAAGAAUAAAGAAAAUAAAUCAUUAAUGUCAGCUGUACCAGUUGAAUGCAAACCAAGUAAACCCUCUAGAAAGUCAGGCAUGGAUGCUGCUUUGGAUGACUUAAUAGACACUUUAGGAGAACCUGAAGAAACUAAAGAAGAUAAUACAACAUAUACUGGACCUGAAGUUUUGGAUCCGAUGAGUUCUACUUACAUAGAGGAAUUGGGUAAAAGAGAAGUCACACUUCCUCCAAAAUAUAGGGAACUUUUAAAUAAACCCCUGGGGCCCGAUGAUGCCAUAGAUGCCUUGUCAUCAGACUUUACCUGCAGUUCUCCUAUGGCUGAUGGGAAGAAAACCAAGAAAGAGAAGUCUACAGGAGAGGUUUUAAAAGCUCAGUCAGCUGAAGUAAUCAAAAGUGCUGCUCCACCCAAGGAGAAAAAAAGAAAGGUGGAAGAGGACACAAUGAGUGAUCAGGCACUCGAGGCUCUGUCAGCUUCGCUGGGCAGCCGGAAGCCAGAACCUGAGCUCGACCUCAGCUCCAUUAAGGAAGUCAAUGAGGCAAAAGCCAAAGAAGAGAAACUAAAGAAGUGUGGUGAAGAUGAGGAAUCAGUCCCACCAGAGUAUAGAUUAAAACCAGCCAUGGAUAAAGAUGGAAAACCACUUUUGCCAGAUGUUGAAGAAAAACCCAAGCCCCUGAGUGAAUCAGAACUCAUUGAUGAACUUUCAGAAGAUCUUGACCGAUCUAAGUGUAAAGAAAAACAACCUAAGCCAACUGAAAAAACAGAAGAGUCUCAGGCUGCUGCCCCUACUCCUGUGGGAGCGGCCGUGCCUCGGACCACCUUGUGUUGUGUGCAGUCGGUCCCGCCCCCGUCAGUCUCGGCGGUGGAGGACAGGAUCCUACUGAGGAGUGAGAACAGCACUGUUUUCCUGAGGAGACCAGCAAACCCAGGACAGCCCAGCACAGAGGUGUGGAGCCCUUCAGGUAUUGGGAAGGGCAUGGGGCCAGAUGAUGCUGUAGAAGCCUUGGCUGGAAGCCUGGGGAAAAAGGAAGCCGGUCCAGAAGUUGGAAAGCCUGUGGAGGAUAAAGUCAAGGAGGAAGCCAAAGAAGAUCGUGAAAAACUUGGUGAAAAAGAAGAAACAAUUCCUCCUGAUUAUAGAUUAGAAGAGGUCAAGGAUAAAGAUGGAAAACCACUACUGCCAAAGGAGCCCAAGGAACCACUCCCACCCUCGAGUGAAGACUUCCUCCUUGAUGCUUUGUCCAAGGACUUCGCCGUUACCCCAAGCACUUCAUCUCUUCAAUUUGAAGAUGCUAAACUUUCAGCUGUCAUCUCUGAAGUGGUUUCCCAAACCCCGGCUCCAACCAACCACUCUGCAGGGCCACCCCCAGACACUCCGCAGAGAGACGACAAAGAACUUGACGAUGCCCUGGAUCAACUUUCUGACAGGCUCGGGCAAAGACAGCCUGAUCCAGAUGAGAACAAACCCCUAGAGGAUAAGGUCAAGGAAAAAGCGAAAGCUGAACACAGAGACAAGCUGGGGGAAAGGGAUGACACCAUCCCACCUGAAUAUCGACAUCUCUUGGAUGAUGACAAGGAGGGCAAAUCAGCAACGCCACCUACAGAGAAACCCGAGGCAUCAAAGAAACCUGCAGAUGCCCAAGAACCCAUUGAUGCCCUCUCAGGGGACUUUGACAGCUGUCCCUCAACUACAGAAACCUCAGAGAACACAGCAAAGGACAAAGACGAGAAGACUGCUUCUAGCUCCAAAGCACCCAAGAAUGGGGGUAAAGCAAAGGAUUCUGCAAAGGCAAAGGAGGAAACUUCCAAGCGAAAAGCUGAUGGAAAAAGUACAAGUUAAAGUUCACACUAUUUGGUAUCCGCAUAUAAAAUCUUCAGCUGGUAGGUGGUGACUUCUGAAGAACAAAAGCCUUUGACAGCAGAAAAAUUUUCUGAGUGGCUUCUAGACAGCAGUAUUUGUUGAGUCUUUUGACAUCCUAAACAUUGUUUGUUAUUCUUUUCCUGAAAAGAAACUGAAUUUGUCUGGUUCACCUAUGUUAUUCUGCUGAGUACUGAUAAACUUUGAAUUUUUAAAAAUUGUCUUCAGUUGGGAGAGAAAGGAACUUUAUAUUUCUAAUAGAUAUAUUUGAUAGCUUCUUAAAGCAACACACACAAAAGGAAAAACCUUUGCAAACUUUUGCACCUUCUACCCUCAGUGCCUGUAAAUCUCAUUAGUAUUUUCAAUUUGCACUUAAUUUUUUUGUUGUUAGCAUUUGGAAAACAAUGCUUUACAUAUUCUUUAGUGUUCUGAUUUCUCAUUACCCCUUUCCUCUUGGGCUUUUGAACUGUAUUUGAUGUUUCUUUGGGUUCAUGUUUAUAAGGCAAACAUAAAAUAUCGUACAUUGGGCACGUCUCCUCUUGAGCUGCUAACAAUAGAUAUAACCUGGACAGACGAGGAAGCACCGCGCCCCUUUUCAGGCUGAACUCUUCUUUGCCAGAGGUUAGGACGUCAGCACAGGCCUACUGAGACUUGACUAGAGUCAGAAGAGCAAAACGCAGACUCUGUGUCACUGCAUAGCAAGUUCCAAGAAUAACAAAAUCUAAUUCUUAGAAUACUCAUAUGGCUUGAACUCUGCUGGUUUACUGCAUUAAGCUGGGCUUUCCAGCCUCUCUCUAUAAAUCCUGAGCAGCAGUUGUUUGCUUAGAGCCAUUGCCACAUUAGUCUUGCACUGUACAGCAUGUGGCUUAAUGGAAGUUGGGUUUACCAAAAACAAAAACAAACUUCUGCUUAAAAAUAAAGAAAAAGAUCUUUUUAAAAUUUAAAAAUCUGCUUUUCCCCCACAGCAAUUUAAGAACUAGUGUCUGAUAUCCCACAACUUGGAAUGGUUUCUCAUACCUUUCUGAACGGUUUAUGAAUACAGCACCGGUGUCAUUGAUGAAAUUAAAUAUUUAUCAAAAUCCCAUCUUUAUUUCCUGAUAGUGAAUGCAGGAAAAAAUAUCAGGUACACAUCAUAAAACUGAUUUGGAAUUCCUUGUUUUCAGAGAGCACAGCCUUCCUCAGCAUCUGUUUAAACUAUUUAUUAGGAUUUAGCAACUUCACUAAAAAUAAUAUCACCAAUACCGUCUAAUGGGGUGGGAGGCAAGCAACAAUAACAAUACUACUUAUAAUGGGCAUCCUAUUUUGUUAAUACGAUCUAAAAAUUGUCUUUAAAAAUCAUGCAUAUACCUCUGAGAUUUCAAACUGCAUCCACUUCAAAUGCUAUGUCUCCAUCCCAUCAGAGAUGCAGGCAUUAUUAGUCUAAAUCUGGGAAAUAUAAGCCAGGAUUAUGGUGACUCAACAGACCUUUUCAAGGCACUAACAAGAAGAUAAACACUUUUCCUGAGGGAUUUCAACUAUGUGUCUAUAGGUAGUACAAAGUGGUUUUGUUUAAAAACAAAAAAAAGUGAAACGUUUGACAUUGACAGAUGUGUUUGCAAGGAUAUG